AUGGGUGAGCUGGGUCCGUAUGAUCCAGCUAGCAAACCAUUAGAGAUACAACAAAAUAAUAAAAAAAUAUAUCUCUUUUUGUUUUUAAUAUUAAUAACUGUAUACCUGGUUAUAUCAAAAAUUAUUCUUGAUAAUGUUUAUGCAACUUCAAAAAUUAUUAUCGAUGAGUUAUUUCAUAUACCGCAAGGUUUAGCUUAUUGUGCCGGUAAUUUUAGUGAAUGGGAUUCAAAAAUUACAACAUUACCAGGAUUAUAUAUGGUAUCAACUGUAUUGCUAGGACCGUUUCAAUUAUGUACUGAUUAUAAUUUACGAUUUAUAAAUUAUCUAGCUGGUGUAUUAAAUAUAAUUCUUUUCGCUAAAAUUGCACAAAAUAAUAAUAAUUUGAAUGGAAAUAUUAUUUGGACUGCAUUUAAUGUUGCAUUAUUGCCGCCGUUAUAUUUUUUCUCAUUUGUCUAUUACACAGAUAUUCUAUCAAUUACAAGUGUUUUAUUAAUGUUUUACUUCUGUCAAAAUGAUAAACAUGUUUUGGCUAGUAUUUUAGGUGGUUUUUCAAUAUUAAUGCGGCAAACAAAUGUACUUUGGGUGGGAAUGUGUUUAGCAAAUUUAGUAAUCGAUAUUUUUGUGUCAAAAUUUGGUCCAAAUUAUGGAAGGAAAAAAUCUAAAAUUGGAAACAAAAAUGCCAUUUACAAUAUACAAGAUCUACAGCGUGCAGUCAUAAAUUUUACCAAAAGAAAAUUUCCAAUUAGAGACUUAAUAAAUAUUCAAAAUGUGUAUAACAUUUUAAGUUAUCUAUUAAUUUUAAUUGGGUUCAUUGUAUUCGUUGUUUUAAAUGGGGGGAUUGUAGUCGGUGAUAAACAAGCACAUACAGCCGUAUUACACUUACCACAAAUUUAUUAUUUUAGUUUAUUCUAUUUAAUAUUUGGAUGUACUUCUGCAAUAACCAAAAUCAUAGAUUAUUUUCAGUUUUGCUUACGAAAUAAAUUUAUAACGAUAUUUCUAUUAGUCAUUGGUUUAUGUAUAAUUCAUUGGAACACGUUAGUUCAUCCAUAUUUAUUAGCCGAUAAUCGUCAUUACACAUUUUAUGUGUGGAAUAGAUUUUAUGGGAAAUACAAACUUUUUAAAUAUAUUAUGAUAAUUGUUUAUAAUUUUUCACUUUAUUCAUUUUUCAUGGAUAUACACAAAAAUAAUAAUUUUGGAUUUGUUCUUGUGUUUCUUCCAUGUAUGAUAAUUCCAAUAAUUUUACAAAAAAUGUUAGAAAUACGUUAUUUUUUACUACCAUUUAUUAUCGUACGCUUAAAAUUGAGAAAUAUUUCAAACAUACAAUUAAUUUGUGAAUCAAUUUUGUACAUAGUAAUAAAUAUUUUAAGUUUUUAUGUAUUUUUUACAAAAGAAAUUCGAUGGAGUAAUUUUGAAGAUAUUCAAAGAUUAAUUUGGUGA